GUCAGUGAACCGGAUGUUGUGUGAAUGUCAAAGAUGGCGCUUCAUAUGUCACGGUGAUUUUUUUAACUACAGUAAACCGUGAUUCGUUUCACGGUUUUAAGUACACAAGGCUUUGUCAUAUGACUGCUUACUGACGAGGUCGUUCCUUUAAUUUACGAGCUGAUCUUGUUGAGGUGGAGAUGGCUUUGGGUGGAAUAAGUCGCAGUCUUCAGAUGUUGUUAGGUCAAAUCCAGCGUUGUCGUCUGAUUGUAUCUACAAACCAUACAACAGCUCGGUGUUUGAGUCAAGCAGCGUCUCAGCCGCAACCCGGUGCACAUGAGAACGAAACGGUGAACCCCACGUUUGUGAACAGAAACCCACGGAACCUGGAGCAGAUGGCUCUGGCUGUGAAAGACCGAGGCUGGAAAACGACCUGGCCUCACCGGCAGUUCUAUCACAGAUUGAUCUUUACUCGUACCCAGCAUCACGUGAUAGCAGAAGUGUUCUCCAGCAGCUCUGUGUUCCCGGUGAUUUCCUGUUCAACGCGGGAAUGGGUGAUAAAGCGGGAGCUGGCUUCCACAAACUGUGUGGCAGCGUGUCAGGCUGUGGGUGAGGUGCUUGCACGUCGGUGCCAGCAGGCUGGUAUCACCAGGAUGGUGUACAGAGCCAUUCCAUGGACGUAUCGUUCUGAUGCUGUUCAGUCUUUCAGAGCAGCAAUAAAAGGAGGAGGAAUCAUCCUCAGUGAACCCAGAAGAAAAUAUGUUGGGACUUAACGCUACACUUCAACAAUGAAUGUGCAAAACGUUAACUCACAUGCUUACUAAAGGUUUUUGACAUUACUGUAUUGUAAUGUAGCACAACAGUGAAUUAAAGUACUUAAGUCAG